CCGGAACGAACGAUGAUCUGAAUCGGUUCUCUGGCGAGAUGCAGUUGUUUGUUCGGCUGGGCGAUAGAAUAGAAGAUGGGUGGCCGGGCGCUCAAGCGAGAAAUAAGGUAACCACCUAUUGGUAACCACACACCUCCGCCACUGCAUCUUGCACAAGCAUGCUGAUCUGCCUGUGUGCUUGCAGGUAGCUGAUGUGUGUAAGCAGCUGGACGAUGUGUGCCAGCAGCUGGACGUCCCAUCCGAUGCGCUCCGGCUGGCCUUCGAAGGCAUACUGGUACAUCCACACACGCGACAAAAGAGCAACGACAUAGAUAGAGUGCCACAGGAUUGCAUGUGUUUUCUUCCUCUCUGUCCGUGUGUGCACCAAGCAGCUUGAGCCCGAGAAGAGCCUCCACUACGGCAUCGAUCAUGGCUGCACGCUGAGUCGCUACUUCGUCAAGUCGGGCCGUGUGUGGCUGGUGAAGUCACUGGGCGAGGCCGCCGCAGGUGCACAGGCGGACGGACAAUGUUGCGGGAUGGAUCAUGCACAUGGAUGUUUGCCUGCGGCAAUCAGCCUACUUCUUCCCAUUCCCGAACUCCAUUCCCCUUUCUGAAAGGGAUACAUUGGAGGUGGGUGUGGGCGACACACAAACACACAAGGGCACGGCAGCUGGUGUACGUGUGCUGUGAACGGCAGCUGGAGAUCCCUAGCAGAUGUCUUCACAAUCGUCUUCGGCUCGCCACCGCUCACGGCAGAGGCAAAGAGCAUGUACGCAAACAGGCACGCAGGCAGGCAGACAGGCAGGCACCACACAGAUGAGGCAGACAUCAUGUAUGUGUUUCCUUGACGUGGUCUUCUGUCGCCUUCUUUCGCAGAUCCUGCAGGUCGUCGGCUUGAGUGGCAGGCUCAUGCCCAUAUUCGGGCUCUUCCAAGUGCUCUCGGCGUCGCGUGUGCGGAAAAGUACGCACACACCCACAAAGGCGCACAGGGAGCAUGAAGCACACAUUCUCAACUCUAUCUGUGUGCAUUUGCAUGAGCAGUCGCUGAGUAUGUCAAGUUCCAGCUCAUGCGCCAUCUGAGGGGCAUGCAGAGCACCAUUCGGCCCCUCAUCGAAGACGUCGACCGCGAGCUGAUCGACGAGGAGGCCAUCCGUGUCAUCCAGUGCCGUCUGAUGGUGUCUUCUGCUGCUGGGGAACUUCGACUCUUGGCGGAGCUGGCUGAUGUAGGCCACAGCACUCGUUUCGAUCGGCUGCUUGUGUCCAUCAAGCACACACAUGGCAUGGAUGCUUGUCGCAUUUUCAGGCGAGUCGACAGAUCGCAAUCCUCAAGACGACCGCCCAGGACCAGCUCAACGAGCUCAGGUGGACAUAAGGCACACACGCACACACGUUGGCAACAUAGAUCCAAAGCACUUACUUGUCGCCGUGUGCUGCUCAGAAACAAGGACGAGGCCGUGAGUGAGCUGACGCGGCGGGAGGAGUCUGCCAUGUGUGAGACGAAGGACCAGAAGAAGCAGAUCUCUGUCCUCACCAAGACUACCCGGGACCAGGGGGCCACCAUCGGCAAGCAGGCGGCGACAAUUGAGGAGCUGCAGGGCUCCAGCAUCAGCAAGGACGCCGAGAUCGCUCGGCUGGGGCGCCAGGACGCAUCGCUCGACGCAGAGCGGCUGCGGGGCGACCGACUGCAUCAGAUCAGCGCCGCCGCGAGGUGGGCUGCAUGGUGACCAACAUUGACGCAGAGAUGGCCCGACUGACGAAGCUCAAGGGCGCGGCCACCUCUGCGCUGGCCGAGAGGGAGAGGGCGGAGGAGGAGAGUGAGGCCGCCUGCAUGGCAUGCCUGUCAGAGCCACGGGCUAUCAUUCUGCCAUGCGGUAUGUGUGUGAUGCGCUAUGCACGGGGGAGGGAGGGGAGAAAAAACACACAGUCAUUGUGUUUGUGCUCGGUGUGUCUGUAUGUAAUCAGGGUGCAAGUGCUACUGUGCAGCGUGCCAUUCUCGCAUUCUGGCGGGCCCGCCACAGCGCAAUCCUGACGACAUGAUCGAUGAGGAGGAGGAAAAGCCAGAACCGACACCAAAAUGCCCCCUGUGCAGAAAGCCAUUUUGACUCAUGACACAGACAGCCGGGCGGGGCAAAGAAAGGGGCGAGUCGUCUUGGGUGUUCCAUGACCUUUUCCGGGUGAAGACGUCGCGCAUCAUGCCGAUUCAAUGGGCAUUCAUCCGGCCGAUAGCGCGCAAUAGCCGAGCGCAAGAGUUUACGACGACGUCGU